GACGGGUAAGUUUGACCUGAAUGGAGUUCCGUCCUUCUCGGGGGACCCGGCGCCUACACCGUUGCUGAGGUAGCGAGCGGGAGCCGGCGACACACAAGUGGGGGGGGGGUUGGCGGCCGAUUAAUGAUCCGGAAUGGAAAUAGGAACUGAAAUCAGCCGCAAGAUCAGGACUGCUAUUAAGGGAAAACUGCAAGAGCUUGGGGCUUAUGCAGAUGAAGAGCUCCCAGAUUACAUCAUGGUUAUGGUAGCCAAUAAAAAGAGUCAAGAGCAAAUGGCAGAAGAUCUUGCUCUCUUUCUGGGAAGCAAUACUCUCAAAUUUACUGUAUGGCUGCAUGGUGUCCUUGACAAGCUACGCUCUGUAACAGUUGAACCCACCACUGUAAAGCAACAGCCAAACCACACAGAUUGUAAUCUAUUUCCUUCAGAGAAGAGUCGAGCAGCUGUCAGUGGAAGCACUGAUCAAAGUAGUGAAGAUGUUCGUAUUCUAGCUGUGUCCAGCACGCAUUCUGAAAAAAAUGAUUCUCGAGUUACUACCAGCUCACUGCAAGAGCAGACAAUACCCAGUAUCAGAACAACUUUGGAGAGGAGUUCAUCUCAGUUAACGUCAGCAGUGAAGCCUAUGACAGAACCAGUCUCCUCUGAAGCAGUAAUAGACAUUAAACCUGAACCAGAUGAUCUUAUAGAUGGGGACCUUAACAUUUUGCAGGAACUUCCAUCAUCUUCUAAGAAGAAGCCUGUGGUGACAGUUUCGUAUAAUGUAUCUUGUCCUUCAUUUGAUACCUUUGGGCCAGAAGAAAAUGUUUCACAAGUGUACAAGGCAACUGAAACUAGCACUCAGCCUGUAAGGAUGGCUCAGAAUAAUGUGCAGCCAUGUAAUUUAGGAGAAGGCACCUUGCAUGGCUACAGACUAUUAGAAAAUACUGGCAAUGUUUACAGAUCAUAUGAAAGCACCUUGCAAGCUUACAACAGAUUAUCGGAAAGUGGAAUACAGGUUUACAGGUCAUCAAAGUCUAACUCUGAGCGAUCAAGUAGAGAUGAUGAAAGUUCCAAGAAGAGAAAGACGUCAAUCAUUAGUUCAGUCAUUAAGGUAAACAAGACCAGUGAUGGCGAAGAUGACGAUGAUGACUUUGGCACAAGAACAGGAAGUCUUUCCAGUAGUAUUUCUGUUCCAGCAAAACCUGAAAGAAGGCCUACUUUGCCACCUUCUAAACAGGCCAAUAAGAAUCUAAUACUAAAAGCAAUCACAGAGGCCCAGAAAUCUGUAAGCAAGACCACAAGUUACCCUGCAGUUGUUUCACAGAAACAGACGGUACCUGUGGCUCCUAGAACUCGGGCUGUACGUGAAAGCAGUGAAAUUGAAGUGAUUAAUCCGGUGGACAAAUCACAACAACAUGGCUUACAAUUACAGAUCAAUGCAGCUGAACAACCAGUACAGAAGUAUUACUUGCAACCAAUAGAAGCAAAACCCGGUGGUGAUACAAGAUCAUUUAUCUUAAAGAAGCCUGUAUUGGAAGGAGUGGAAUCCCAGCUUCAAGGAAAAGCUGCAGUUUACGUGGAAGCUUUGUCAGCAGAACAAGAUCGUACAGUGCAGACCAAAGAUCAAAUUGACUCUGAGGAAUCGAGUCCUAAAUUUAUUGUGACACUGGAUGGCAUUCCAAGUCCUCCUGGAUCUAUUUCAGAACAAGAUGAGGAGACUGAGCCAGUAGAGCAAGGGGGUCUUUUACAAGAGGCUGGAAGGAAAUACAGAUUAUCAAUACAGUCUGUUGCACAGACAUUGAUUGAAUCUGAUGAAGAAGAGAUUGAUGAUGGCAGCUUUCAAGCAAAACGACAGAAACUUCUAGAGAGAUGCAAGUACUGGCCUGCCUGUAAAAAUGGCGAUGAUUGUAUGUAUCAUCAUCCUGUAGCUUCGUGCAAAACCUUUCCAAAGUGUAAAUACGGGGACAAGUGCCUAUUUAUCCAUCCAAAUUGCAAAUAUGAUUCCAAGUGUACUAGACCAGAUUGUCCAUACACACAUGCAAGCAGACGAACUGCUGUAGUGCCAAAACAGCCAGCUCCUGUGACAAGCCCAGGAAGUUCUUUAUGUCGAUUCUUUCCAGACUGCAAAAAAGUGGAGUGCCCUUUUAUCCAUCCAAAGCCAUGUCGAUUCAGUACACACUGUAAGAGAGCUGAUUGCACAUUCUACCAUCCUACAAUUACAUUACCUCCACGCCAUGCUCUAAAAUGGACCAGAUCUCAACAAAAUAGCGAAUGAUCAGUUUGGAUCGUGCAGAAUCCCAUAUUGUGGAUGAGGUUGCAACUAUUUAAUGUAGCAUUUUACAAAUUUGUAUUGUCCCUCUUCCAAUAUUCUUUAACACUGAAUAUCAAACAUUUUAAAAGUAAUUUUCUCCAAACAUGAACGGACUAGAAUUUUUUUGUGCAUAAUUUGGAUACAGACAUGGCAUUUCUCAACAAUUGGUUUUGUAAGGUGCAUUGUGUAACUUGUAUUUUGUGCUCUUAGAGACAGUAUUUUAAAUUCAGUGGAAAAUUAAAGAAAAUCACUUUGAUGUAAGGUCAUUUUUGUUGAGAAUAAGUUUACAGUAAAGAGAAGUUUGUUUAAUGAAUCAGUUACUUGUUUUGGUUUUUGCACUGGCUGUCCUUCAGAUCAUUUUCUCAUGACCACAAUUUUUUUUGCUGUUUACUAUAUUUUUGUUUGUAUUUUAUGUGUUAUGUCCAUUUUAAGAUCAUGAUUUUACAAUGAGUAUAUAUUUCUAUUACCAUUCUGCUGUAAUGCACAAUAGGGCACAGCAUAGCCCUAGGAGUUGUAGUUUAUUGUGGGGAAAUUCAAAAAAAAGUUGUGUUAAAGGUAUUCCUCUCCUGGUUUGUCCCAUGAGAAUUUGCUGGGGAACUUCUGGAAAAUACUAAAACAAAGGUAAUUGAGAAAAUGUAAUACUUGAUGUUUUACUUUCAUUGGAUUUUCAAUCCCUUUUCUAAAAAUGUUCAACUUUGGAAUUACUUGGUGCUUCAAAAACUAAUAGUAAAUUCAGUAGCAAACUUAAAUGUUUUGCAAGUUUAAGUUUUAAAUCAGAAGAAACCUUAUGGUGUGGAAAUAUUGGCAUGUUUUAUUGUGAAUAAACGCACAUUGGUUUGUCUUUUAGGAUACCACUUGGAAUCUUGAUUAUCAGUAUGAAUUAUUUUGUGGUUAUUGUUGGUGUAAAUCAUUCUCAACAGGGGUUGUAUAGUUUAUUUAAAAGCUAUCUUCCUGUAAACUACAAAAUUUAGGAGAUAGAAUUUAUUAUUUGUAUUAAUGAGUUUGUCACCUAACAGAAUACUGGUCAAAGAUUAAAUUUAUCUUGUCAGUAACUCCUUAAAUGGUUUAAAAAAAAGCACAUCCCAAUAAUAUUAUCUGUAAGUAUCUAUUUGGUACAUAUAUCUGAAGUAUAACAUAAUGUAAUAAGUGAUGUGUUACCAUAUCUUGUUAGUUUUACUAAGCAUAAUCCAUUUUGAAUCAGUACCAAUUAAUAGACAUUCCCUAGGAAAGGAUUUUUCACACUCGGCCUUGCAACACAGUAAUCCAUGCUGAGGAAGUUGAUAGAUUUUUUUUUUAUGUAGGAGUUUAACACACUUUACCAGAAUUCCAUUAAUCUGAAUCCUUUUUUUCCCAAAACAAAAUCAUAAAUAGCAGUUUCUUUAGAUUUUAAGUAACUGAAUUUAUCAGGAAUGUUGGAUAAGUAGAAAAGCUAUAACAGAAAUUGAGAAAUACUGCUGUUUAUAGACUAUACAGUGCAAAGUAUUCAAGUUACAAUAAUGCAGCUUGGUGGAUUAGUAUGUUCUGCAUAUUUUGUAGUAAAUUGUGAUUAGCACCAGUGUAAGCACUGGAACAAAGAUGAUUCAUUUUGGUAGAAUUGCUAUCAUUUGACAAUCCACUUAAAAAUCCUUUUGUAUGGACUUAAAUCAUGACUAAAUAAACUAUUUGGAGUUA